UUUGGGAUUUAGGAUUCGGUUCGUUAAGCGUUUGCAGUCGCCCUUUGCAGACUCUAUCGGACCCACUGAAAAAGGAGCGAUACGAUAAGUUCGGCACCUUCGAUGAGCCAUCGGCGCAGUUCGGCUCAUUCAGACAUCCGGCCGCACAUCCUUUCGACGAUUUCUUCGGAUUCGGAUUCGGUGGUUUUGACAAUGGGAAUUCGUUUUUUCAACGGCAUCGCAUCUCGAUGAAGAUGUUCUCGCACACGUUGUUGGAACGAAGCUUCACACAGCCACUGAUCGUGUUCGCUUACUCGGGAUAUUGCCAACUCUGCUUCCGACUUGAACCCGUCUGGCAGAGCGUUGUACAAGAUCUUGAGCCUCUGGGUGAGUUCGAUUGA